AUGGCCAUAUUGGCUCGAUGGUGCCCGUGGGCAUUGGUCUGCUUUGCCGUGUGCAUAGCUAGCUGGCUCCCAGCUGCACGAGGCGUGCCGGUGUAUCUGACGAUUCAGCCAAACUCCAUGGACGAGAACACGGCGAGCCAGACGGCGGUGUCCUCUAUUACUGUCUUUGACUUUGCAUAUCCAACCGGUCCACAUACCAUUGUGCUCCAAACCUUUACAGACUACUUUGCUGUCCAAGGCAAUGCCAUCUACGUGACCCAGCAUGUCAACUUUGAACAAGUGAACCAGUUUGCCCUGCGCAUCCGCGCCACCGACCCCAAUGGCGGAGGCCAGUCCUUUGAUGUAGCCCUGCGCAUUAACGAUAAGAACGACCCGCCCACAGGCUUGGUGGCUUCUUCCAACCUGAUUAAUUUGAAUCACCUACGCGUUGGCGAUACCAUCGCCACUCUCUCGGUCGAGGAUGAAGACAAUCUGCGCUCCAAGAGCUGGCUUUUGAAUCGCGAUACACAAUCUCAUAGCAUUGUGCUCUGUCCCAAUGAACCUGCCAGCGCCUGGGCGCAAGUCGAAGAGCUUGCGCUUAAGCUGUCAGCAGCUCCCGGCAGCUCCACGACCGGCAACGUAACCAUCUGCUUCCGCGUGUCUGAUGAUGGUGAUCCCGUCGCCACUGCCGACCUGACCGUCGACUUUGUCCUUGAGGCCGCGUCAGGCCAGGCACCUGCUACCUUAAUCGUCCAACCAAGCCCGGUUGAGCUGCCAGAGGAUACCCCGCUCGGCGCCAUCGUGGCAGAGGUACUGGCUUUGGAUACUGACGAAACUCGGGGGUUGACCUUUGCCCUUACCUCUGCUCAGACCAAUUCGCCUUUUGCUCUCGACACGGCCUCGACCACCUGUGAAAACAUCACGCAGGCCUUGCGUCAGACACUCAACCUUGCCAGCAAUUGGACAGAGGGUUUGGUCUGUCGCUGCAACAUCACGCUGCAACACGCACUUGACUAUGAAACAACGCAGAGCUGGGAGAUGACACUGGUCGCAACAGAUUCACAAGAACUCAUGGCUGCUCAGACCGUCCGCUUCAAUGUCAGCAACGUCGAUGACCCGCCAACUGACAUUGUGUUCAAUCGCAAUUCGGUCAACGAAAAUGUGCCGGCGGGUUCCCUGCUGGGUCAACUUGCCGUGAUAGAUCCAGACCAGCUUCCCGCGUUUCGUCUCAACGUGCCUCUUUUGCGCAGUACAACGCUGUUGAAUGGUUCCUCUUGUGCUGCCGUGGUCCUGGCUGACUUGGACGUUAUUGUGAACGACUCGUCUUGCUUCAAUUUUGAGCGCUCCGCGGCCGUUGUUUUUGUGGUAGGCGUGAAAGAGAACUCUGAUUUGAACCGGUCCAUCGUCCUGGCGAUCGAGGAUCUCAACGAGGCCCCACUCGCGGUCGCGUUGCGAGGCGCCCCGAUAGCAGAAGACGCAGAACGUGGUGCUUUGAUCGGUCAACUUGAUGUGGUCGACCCGGACACCUCAGCCCCCAACAACGUGCAUUCGUGCUCAAUCAUCGACCCAGACAGCUCCUUUAGCGUGGUGAACGAAACGUCGCUUGUUUUGCAGCGCGCUGAUCUCGACUAUGAGCGUGCCGCAAGUGUAUCCGUGGCCGUGACUUGUACUGACCACGGCAAUCCCGCGUACAGCAUCACUGCUACUGUGGUCGUGUUGGUUGCCAAUGUGAACGAGGCUCCGGAUGACCUUGUCCUCUCAGCCAACGCAGUGGCCGAAGACAGCGUGAUUGGAACGGUUGUGGGUCAGUUACAAGGCAUUGAUCCUGACAACAGUGGUGCUGGAAACGAGACAUUCCGCUAUUGUCUCUGGGAUGCUACCAACGGAUGUGUCCCGACCAUGGCCAGGCUAACCAUUCUGGGCAAUGUCCUUGUCACGGCGGCCUUGCUCGACUAUGAGACACAGCCCUGGUUGAGCGUGACCAUUGCCGUAUUUGAUUCAGGCAACCUCACCCUGCAUCGUACUUUUAUUGUUCAAGUGCUGGAUCGGAACGAGCCACCCACCAAUUUGACCCUCAGUGCCGCCACCGUGCCGGAGAACAGCCCAGGCGCUAUGAUUGGAGAACUGCGAGCCCAUGAUCCCGAUGUCGGUCAAACUCUCUCGUUCUCGAUUCAACCAGCUUUUGGUACCCAACCCUCCUACUUCCGCAUCUUGAACUCGCAGCAGCUGGCCCUCGCCGAGGGGGUAGCCCUCGAUUACGAAACCACCAGUAGUGUGCGUGUCCGAGUCGAGGCAUCCGACAAUGCUGCCCCCACCCCACGCACUGUCGUCGCGUCUUUUGAAAUCAUCGUUCUCAACAUGAACGAAGAGCCUCGACAAGCGCGUUUGGUACCCAUGGGCGCCAACGCAUCGUCAGCCGCUGAGCCACUGCCUGUAACGGAGGGCCCAAUCUCAGCCAUGGGCCUAGCUUGGAUCUUGGUAGAGGACCCAGACAACACAGCAUAUAGUGCAGAGCUGCAAAGCCACAGUUGUACGCUCGUCCAAGUUACGCCAAGCACGGCCGCCUUUACCAUCGAUGCACACAAUGUGCUUCACAAAUCGCCAGCCGAACUUGACUUUGAGUCGCAAGAGGAGUUCACCCUGCUGCUGCGCUGCACCGAUGAUGGAUUGCCGCCCCAAGCGUUCCAAGAUGACGUCACUCUGCAGGUGACCAACCUCAACGAGGCCCCCUCUGCCAUCUUCUUAAACAGCACGCUAGCUUCAGCUCAGGUGCUCACCUUGCCCGAGGGACCAAGUACUGUUGGUCGAAGAUGCGGAGUGUUGUCUGCCCUCGAUCCCGACAACUGUGAUGCGGCGCGCUGUCGCCCUUGGCAGGCGCUUUCGCUCCAGUCGUUGGACCCCCGUUUUAUCAUUGUCGCUGGCGAACUCGUACUGGCCGAGGCACUUGACUUUGAGAUCCCGGGCAACGCAGUCGUUACAUUACUUGCCACAGAUGAUGGUGUGCCCGCACUCUCGUUAGAGGUUGUCGUUCCCCUGGUCAUAGAAGACCGCAACGACCCGAUCACUGGCAUCAAUCUAUCCCGUACGGCAGUACCCGAGGACUCUCGUUUCUUGGCGACGGUCAGCGUGUCUGACCAAGACUCUGCGCUCUUGCCGACGGGUCAACAUGUGCUGCAAGUAUUGAGCCCAAGCAGCGUGGAAGCACAUGGCUUGGAGCUUUGGCUCAUCGAAGCGAGCCCCUUGCUGAAUGCUGAAGCCGCGACCGAGCUGGUGCUGCAGCUUGCUGUACAGGAUCAGAGUGCUUCGCCACUGUCUGCCGAGUUUGAGGUGCUUUUAACGGUCUUGGAUGUGAAUGAGCCACCGUCACUGGCGCUUCAGCUCGAGCGCGCAAGCAUCACGGAAAACACAGCGCCCUUGCUCCUGGCCCAGCUCGAUGCCUUUGAUCCAGAGGGUGGUAGCCUCAACUGCACAGCCAAUGCGACGGGUCUAUCUCUGGCUUCAGGCUGUGUACAGCGGCCCCGUGUGCAGCUUGAGGCAGACACCUACAAUCUGGUGUUGCUAGAUGCGGUGGACUUUGAGUGUUCGUCCAUGUUGCAGGUCUGGGUCGAGUGUCAAGAUCUCACGGCGCUCACCACGGUGGCCGUGGCCACUUUUGCGGUGGACAACGUCCUAGAGCCACCCACAGGCAUCGCCCUUACGGCUCUGACAGCCAACGUGACAUGCUAUCACAAUGGAACUGUACGAGUUCCUGAGCUAACGGCAGUGGGAACACCGCUCUGCGUGAUUAGCUGCAUUACGGUGGAGGCGGCGGGGACGUGUACCGUGGCUCUUGGUGCCGGUCCCCUACAACUCAACGAGAGCCAGCUGGUCUUGGGUGCCGAUCUUGACUUUGAGAAUCAGGCUGCACACAUGAUAUCCGUAACUCUUAGCGGAUCGGCAGUCCUACAAACCAUAGUCUCGCUUGACUUGGUGGUGGGGGAUGUCAACGAGCCCAUAACAGGCAUCGAUAUUCAAUGUGGUUGCGCCAACUUUCCUUGUCUGAAUGAUGGCGUGUGUCAAGAAGAUGGCACUGCUUUCACCUGCGACUGCGCCUAUGGCUACACUGGGGCGCGCUGUCACAUGCGCUCCACCGAGGCAAACACAAGUCCGAGUUGGUCUUCAGCUCCCGCUCUCGACCCCACCCCGUGCUUGCGCUAUUCGACGGCCAUCCCCUCGGGCACGGAAUUGCUGCGCGUGGUCCCCAUUGAUCCGGAUCAUUUCGACACCCACACGUUUGAGCUGCUCUCGGGCACUCCCGGGUUGGCGUUGAGCCCGACAAGUGGGAUCGUUACCGUCAACGGGCCACUCUUUGCUGCGUCUCCCACUGUACGCGUGCAAGUGCAAGAUGCAGCAACGCACAAAUUUGUGACAGCGCUGUCCAUGACAGCCGAUCCCUGUGCACGUGGCGUUGCCGAGUGUCCUUUGCACAGCUACUGCGUGGCAGAAGGAACUGGCUAUUCAUGUCCUUGUGAUACAGGAUACGUGGUGAAUGGCAGUGCUUGCGUUCAGCGCACCUGCCUCCACGCAUUACCCGGCUCUGCAUGUACGGCCGUCACAGAUACGUGCUACUCGCGUCAGUGCCAGAAUGACGCAACAUGCGUGGACGGCACCACAGAUGACGGUCGCACAACAUUUUCAUGUGUCUGUCCGGAAGGCUACGGGGGUUUCCGCUGCGAUUCUGAUAUUGACGAUUGCGUUUCAGCACCAUGUGGUAGCGGUGCCACAUGCGUUGAUCAGGUCGGUGAGCCCGGUUUUAGAUGCACGUGCGGACCAGGCAUGGGGGGGCAUCGCUGCUUGGUUCACUCUGGCAGCUGUGCAACUGUAUCAUGCUCAUCUGGGAGCACAUGCGUGCCCGCCUUCAAUGCGACUCAAGCGCGUUGCGCACCAAAUGCCAACAUUGUUGUCGCGACCUAUCACGCCUCCACCAAUACGUGUGCCUCGGAAGCGUGCAGCGGUGUGUGGCAAGCCGAGUCUGUGGAUUUUGCGAAUUUUCUUGACCAGGCGUUGGGGGCGCCCGAAAUCUUGGUACUCUUGGAUGUGAGUGAAGAGGAGCAGGGCACCGUGAUUCAUUUCUACUUGGAACGAGGGGGAGACACUUCAGUGGUCAUUGCGCGUAGCGCAAUCCAGGCGGCGUGUGAGGACAGCACUUUUUCGUGGGCUCCGAUGCGGUUGGCUGGCUUUUGUCACAGCUUGGAGCUGAGUGCUGAUUCGGGGGAGCUUGCGACCACAGGAACAACUGGGCCUACCCUGGAUCCUUCUGGGGGUGCAAGUAGCACAGGUGCCCCAACUGCCAGUCCGAGCUCAACAGCCAGCGGCACGAAUUGGGCCAUCGGUUUGGUGGUGGUUUUGGUAGUGAUUCUUCUCGUGGCGGCGCUCAUCUACGUGGCUCGUCAUAAAACGGAGAGAACAAGCAUCGUGACUUUUGAUCGACCAGCUGUCGCGUUUGAAAACCCGACAUACGCGAAUAAGACUGAGACAGUGCUAGGCGCUCACAAUCCCAGCUUGGCAGAAACAGCUUGGGAUUCGAUUGGCUUAGAUGAUGAUGACGACGGUACCGCGCCUCCACCGCGUGCCCUGGGGUGGAGCACAGCCCUGGCCGAGCCAAACCCCGUGCCCAUGAACGGAUCUGAAGCGGAUGAAGCAGAUGAGGUUGGAUACAUCCAGAUUGCCGAAACGGGCGAUGAUGGCAUCAAGUCGGUGCGCACUGUUCGGCGCUCGCGCAGCAACGCGCGGACCUUUUUCGAUCCAGUCUUUGCCAACCCGCUGUACGAUGGGCCGAGCGAAGAUACGGGUGCUUCAGUAGGUCCGCAACCAAGGCUGACCGAGCCCACGCUUCCGGGAGCCACUGAAGCAGUACCAUCCGCGGACACACCUUCAAGCAGUCCCACUUCACGGAGCGAGCACCCAACUCCUGACCCUCGCAUCAUGAGUGCUCUUGUUGGGGAGGAAUGAGCUGGGCUUCAAACUCCGACAUCAUCAGCAUCUUGAUUUGCGUCGACGUUUCAACCUUCCUCGUCCUUCUUUGCUUCUCCCUUUAGAAUUUUUUUUUUUUUGUUUUGUUUUUAAUUUUCUGAUUUUGACAGAGCGCGACGGAAAGUGCUCUUUCCGCGCGCCGCGGCUCUUGUUAAGCGACCCAUUCAUUAUCCAGCGUCAUUGCUAAUCUUUUUCUAAAAGUAAAUUUUGAGUACCAUAUCUGAUGACGGCGAUAUGCCGCGGUUUGCGGCCUUGCUUGUCUCUUCCUUGCAAUUUAUGACUGACAUG